GAUAGGUUUCGCCGGAAGAAGUUUUGCUCCGUCGUUGCGGUUCUAAAUUUUCCGAUAGAGAAGAAGGCAGCAAGGAAGUCCAGCAGAUUCUCAACUGCAUUUUUCCUCUACUUUGACUAUAUGGCUGUAGAAACUCUCGAGAGUUCCUGUGAGGUUUCAAAGAGAAAACAUGGAGACGGUAGUGACGGAACCCUCCUCGAUGAGUUCAGCGACGGAGACGUGAAUUAUGCAUCUGGUGUUUCAUCCAAAAGAGCUAAGGUUUCAAGAGAAAUGAGGUUUCUAGACGAAGACGACGAGGAUGAUAGUGAUUGGGAGCAGCAGAGGACACCUGUUGAGUCUGUGAAGUGGUUUUGCGUCAAUUGCACUAUGCCAAACCCUGGUGACAUGGUCCAUUGUUAUAUGUGUGGUGAGCACAAGGAGUCUGGUAUCCUGAGGCAUGGAUGCUUUGCAUCUCCUUUUUGCAAAGAUACUGGUCUCUCCCAAGUUGAAGAGAAGCUAGGAAGUGGAAGCUCACCUGCAACCAGCUCAACAGCUGUUGGUUUCGACGAGAGAAUGUUGCUACACUCAGAAUUCGAAAUGAAAACACUUCCACAUGCCGAGAGACCUGAUCGUCUUCGAGCUAUAGCUGCCAGUCUUGCCGCAGCUGGCGUUUUUCCUGGAAGAUGUUUUCCUAUUCCUGCAAGGGAAAUCACGAAACAAGAACUCCAGAUGGUACACACUUCAGAGCAUGUUGAUGCUGUUGAUAUUACAAGCCAGCUUCACAAUAGCUACUUCACCUCUGACACAUAUGCUAAUGAGCAUUCAGCACGUGCUGCUAGACUUGCAGCAGGUUUGUGCGCUGAUCUAGCUACAGAAAUUCUCUCUGGCCGUGUGAAAAAUGGUUUCGCUUUGGUUAGACCUCCCGGUCAUCAUGCAGGCAUCAAAAAUUCUAUGGGGUUUUGUCUUCACAAUAAUGCAGCUGUUGCUGCAUUAGUUGCACAAGCAGCAGGGGCAAGGAAGGUGCUGAUUGUGGACUGGGAUGUGCAUCAUGGAAAUGGAACCCAAGAGAUAUUCGAACAAAACAAAUCUGUAAUGUACAUGUCCUUGCAUAGACAUGAAGGAGGAAAGUUCUAUCCGGGCACUGGAGCUGCUGAUGAGGUUGGUACAAAUGGUGCUGAAGGUUAUUGUGUAAAUGUUCCAUGGAGUUGUAGUGGAGUUGGUGAUGGAGACUAUAUCUAUGCCUUUCAGCAUGUAGUUCUUCCCAUAGCUUCUGCAUUCUCUCCUGAUUUUGUCAUCGUAUCAGCGGGAUUUGAUGCAGCUAAAGGAGACCCACUAGGAUGCUGUAAAGUGACUCCGGCAGGUUAUUCUCGAAUGACACAGAUGUUAGGUGAUCUGUGCGGCGGGAAAAUGCUAGUUAUUCUCGAGGGCGGCUACAAUCUUCGCUCCAUAUCUUCUUCUGCUACUGCAGUGAUCAAGGUGCUUAUGGGAGAAAAUCCAGAGGAGGACUUGCCUACAGCUACAGCUACAGCUCCUCCUUCAAGAGCCUGCAUGCGGACCGUUCUUGAUGUAAUGAAUAUCCAAAUGAAGUUCUGGCCAUCACUUGCUACCUCCUACUCCAAGUUACUAUCAGAGUGGGAAGCAAGCAGGCCAGGGAAAAGAGCUGAGACUCAGGAGGCCGUCGUCAAUGCGGCGGCUCCUGAUGCGCAAUCUGUCGCUGUGGAUGAGGAAGCUCCGUCUCGCAGAGUUGCGCCGCCGCCUGCUGAGUUCGCGUUUAAUUUCAGCUACUCCGGUGAUGGUUUGCUUAUCGAUGACAAAGAAGCGUGUGGGGAACUAUUCCGUUUGAUCAGUGAUGAUCCGUCCACCGAUCUUCCUACUCCUUUUGAUGACACGACUCUAUCCGAUUUGUACAACGAGUAUGCUCUCAGUGCUGCUAGGUCAAUAGCGAGUGUGAACAAGAUGGUAUAUGAGUAUAAGCGUAAGCUCAGGACUGCUAGGGCUGAACUUGAAGGGCAGAGAAAGGAGCUCGAGGAGAUGGACGCGCUGCGCAUAGAGCUAGAAGAAGAGAGGGCCAAGGUGCGAGCGAUGCGUUUGGAGAAAAAGCGGAUGAAGAAGGAGGCUAAGGUCUUAAAGUCUGAGGUUAGACGUCUCAGGAAGUCACGGACUGAUUUUGUUGCGAGGGAGAAGAUGUACAAUGAGCUGGUUGCGAAGUCUGCUUCUCGUUUUGAGGAGAUGAGGAAGUAUGUGAAUGAACAGCCAACCUUCCAGUCGAUUGUACUGGAGCUGAACCAGAUAUCAGGAAUCGUCUCUCCUGCUGAUCGUGAGAGUGCAGCAGGUUGAUGCAAUUGGUCGUCGCCCUCUUCUUGAUCUUGAGACUGAUGAACACGAGAUUGAAAGGCUGUUAGGAUGAUUCUUAUGUGGUUAUUGUUUGUCUUUUUGCUGUUUAUUUUGCGGUAGCCGUUGUCUUGUAGUUUGCUUUUGUAAAAGAGACGGGUAUUAACUUGAUCAUUUUGUUGGCCA